UCUGACAGAUAAAUGAAUAACCAACUAACCUGUUGAGAUCAGUAGUUCAUUUCAUUUUAAUUAAAUUGUUACUCAAUCAAUUAUUCUAUAUGUCCCGUAUAUUUUUACAAUAAAAUUGACCGUAACUUGUAAAACAAAAAAAAAUAGAAAUUUAUUAUUACUCUACGUGAAAGUUGCUAACAUUUAUUCACUCAUUACUAUUGUGAAUACAUAAUUAUGUCAUCGGAAUAUCGUUUAGUUGCACUAUUGCUAUUUGUUACAUUAUGGAUUUAUAUUAUCUAUGAAAUAAAACAUUCAUCAAUGAUUAUACUGGGUGGAGAAUUUGAUCCAGAUUGUAAAUAUAAAAUGAAGCCAAUGUAUCAACCUUAUUAUGAUUUUCAUAAUGAUACUAUACAUAUUGCUAUGCUAUUAGCUGAUGGUAUUGACAAUUGUUAUCAAGCUGAAACACAAAUUAAAUCAAUUUUAUUCCAUCAAAAAAGAUGGUAUCUAUCUAAAGAUGAUUGUUGUCAUUUUAAACAUUUCACACAUAUUAAUUCAAAUUGGUUAACAGCAAAUGAUCGUGUUCAAUCAUUUAAUGAAGCUAAGCGUAAACGAUUUCCGAUUGUAUUUCAUUUUAUUGUUGAUCAAUUACCAUAUGAAUUUAUGAAUGGAUUAAUGUCUGAUUGGGGAUUAGAUGGGAUCAGUGUACAAUUUUAUCCAAUUGAAAACUAUGAAACACGGGUCAAAUCAUUUAAAUCUGGACAUUACGCUGGACAUAAAAGUUAUCUCAAAUUAUUAAUUACACAAAUUUUACCUACUGAAAUCAAGAAAGUUAUUGUACUGGAUGCAGAUAUAUUAUUGAAUGAUGAUAUAUCAAAUCUAUGGAGCAUAUUUGAUGAGUUCAGCAAGGAUCAAUGUAUCGGUAUUGCCGCGGAACAGAAUCCAACUUUCUACAGCAAUAUGGGAAAAAGGUUUUGGCCAGCAUUGGGUUACGGUUAUAAUGCUGGUAUUUUAUUAAUUCAUUUAACUAAAUUACGAGCAAGAGGUUGGGAUGAAAUUUGGAUGAAAACUGCAUUCAAUUUAAUGAGAGAAAAACGCAUUUUACCAACUGGUGAACAAGAUGUUAUUAACGCUGUAUUGAAUCAAAAUAAACAUUGGUUAUACGAGAUACCUUGUAAAUGGAAUAUUCAACUAAGUGCAUUUUCAAUGCGUGAACGUUGUCCAGUUGUAUGGGAAUUUUUACUGAAUAGGGAUGAUAAUAAUAAUAAUAAUAAUUACAUACGAAAAAAAACACUACAUGACGAUAUUGUAUUACAAUAUCCAAAUGCUAAAUUAAUACAUUUUAAUGCACAUGUAAAACCAGAGUACUUUUUUCCUACUCCAUUAAGAUUUCCAUUACCUUUUGAUAAAUCCGAUGAAUAUCAUUCAACUAUUCAAUUAUCAAGAAAAUAUUUUCAGUUGUAUUAUAAUUUACGAAGUAUGAGUCGAUAUUGUUUCCUGUAA